CAGAUAUCUUCUAUUCUAUCUUUAAUCUUUGCUUGUCCAUGCCGUCGUGAACGACAGGUCAUCCAUGCAACGCCAACGCGUCUUGUGCUAGAUACGGGAAAAUGUGAACUAGAACAAGGCACGGCAUUCACGGAUCUUCUGUUGCAAUCACUUGGCCAAAAUCCUCUAUUCGCUGCCUUACACAUGAGACCAACUCAAACUUGGAGUACCUUGUUGUGGUAUGACGGGCAUAAUUUUACUGGUAUCUGUGAAAAAAUGGUAGAAAGUACUGAUGAGGAGAGGGAGCCAUGUGAGCAGCUCAAAGCAGAAACGCAGCAUUAUUGGCGAAUGUCUGAUGAUCUGCCAACAGAGGGCGCCAUUCGGGAAGAGUUCCGAAAAAUAGCGACGGGAUAUGUGAUGUUGUUCAUGCAGGAGCAGCGGAAAACGAGUUUCGAUACGGAAACAGCAGUGAAAUUCCGUAAUGAUCUGAUAAAACAGCACAUUGGCCAUCGGUUGUUCCGAGUCAUUUCGAAGCUGGCCGGUCAACGUCUAACACACCAUGCAGCUGCGUCACUUGUAAAU